AUGGCGGAUAUCAGUGGCAAAGCCUUUGAACUUUCUGUAAAGAAAGAAGAACCAACUUUGGUGCCUCCUGCAGAAGAAUCAGAGAAGGGCCUGUACUACCUCUCAAACCUGGACCAGAACAUUGCGGUCAUCGUUCGUACCAUAUACUGCUUCAAAUCGGAUUUAAAAGGGAAUGAAGAAGCUGUGGAGAUCAUAAAGAGUGCCCUGUCAAAGGUUCUUGUUCACUACUACCCUUUGGCAGGGAGGUUAAGUAUCAGCACAGAGGGGAAGCUGAUAGUGGAUUGCACAGGAGAUGGUGCUGUGUUUGUUGAAGCUGAAGCAAACUGUGAAAUGGAAAAGAUAGGUGACAUAACAAAGCCUGAUCCUUUGACUCUUGGGAAGCUGGUUCAUGAUAUCCCUGGUGCCAAGAACAUACUUGAGAUUCCUCCCUUGGUUGCUCAGGUGACCAAGUUCAGAUGUGGAGGAUUUGUCCUUGGGCUAUGUAUCAACCACUGUAUGUUUGAUGGGCUUGGGGCAAUGGAAUUUGUGAACUCAUGGGGUGAGACUGCUAGAGGCUUGCCACUUAAGGUCCCCCCAUUUCUAGACAGAAGCAUACUUAAAGCCAGAAACCCACCUCAGAUAGAGUUUCCACACAAUGAAUUUGCUGAGAUUGAAGAUAUAUCUGAUAACACCAAACUCUAUGAAGAAGAAUUGCUAUAUAGGUCUUUCUUUUUUUACCCUGAGAACCUUGAAAAGCUCAAGAAAAUGGCCAUGGAAGAUGGGGUUCUUGACAAGUGCACUACAUUUCAAGCACUCUCUGCCUUUGUCUGGAGAGCUAGAACUCAGGCCUUAAGAAUGAGACCAGAUCAGAAAACAAAGCUUCUUUUUGCUGUCGAUGGGCGCUCAAGAUUUGAGCCACCAAUACCAGAAGGGUUCUUUGGGAAUGCAAUUGUGUUAACAAAUUCACUGUGUAGUGCAGGGGAGCUAUUGGAGAGGCCAUUGUCAUUUGCUGUUGGGCUAGUUGAUAAGGCAGUUCACAUAGUUACAGAUAGUUAUAUGAGGUCUGCCAUAGACUACUUUGAAGUAACAAGAGCCAGGCCUUCUUUGUCUGCAACUCUUUUGAUCACAACUUGGUCUAAGCUAGCUUUCCACUCUACUGAUUUUGGGUGGGGAGAGCCUGUGCUGUCAGGGCCAGUGGGUUUGCCUGAGAAGGAAGUAAGUUUGUUCCUUUCUCAUGGGAAAGACAGGAAAAGCAUAAAUGUACUUUUGGGUCUGCCAGCUUCUGCUAUGAAGACAUUUGAAGAGUUGAUGCAGAUUUAA